AUGACGCAGUUGGUGUUUUAUCUUGGAAGUGACAGACGGUGUAUCCCUGUUCGAUUGUCUAAGAUGUCACAGCAGUUGAGGAAUGCGAGGGGAGUGCUAUUGAGUAGUCGUUUUCCAUGCGGCUUUUGCAACAGAGCCUACAAGCGUGAUGUUUUUGCGGGCUACCAUCGGGUGAAGAAACACUACGUGGCGCAUAGAUGCGCCUAUUGCUUGGAUAUUUUCAACGGUAUCGAGGAGUUCACGUUGCAUUUGCGAGAGCAGCAUGCGAUCCCGUAUCCGAGUUUGUGCGAGAUAUGCGGAGUGAUGUUUCCCACGAAAGAGAAGCGGUCACAGAACAACGUCGUCUUCCAACAGCAAAUUUAUCGUCUUCACGUCUACGCUGAAAUACUCUUGGCCGUAGCUCCGCCUGAUCAUGCUAUCCAUGUACAGUACAAACAGGAGAGGGGACAGAACAGAACCUUGGCGAAGGCCAGUGCUGACAUUAAAAGGGAGAAGAAAUGGGUUGUAGUCAAGGAUACAACAAUGCGCAUAAUCAAAUGGGUACCAGUCAAUGAAAACGAACAUGAGGACCACAGCUCAGAUGUAUCACCAAAGAAAAGCUCAGAAGAUCUGGAGAAAACCAUCAAGAGUGAAGUAGAUGUGUCAGCUGAUGCAGCUGUAUUCGCAGCGGCUGACGAUUCAAAAGACGAUGUCGGAAAGAAGCGUUUGCCAACUUUUUCGGUGAUGAACGAAGAUUCAAACACUGCGUUUUCAGAAGGUUUUGACAGCGAUUCAAAUCAGGGUUUCGUCAGCAUGAAUUUUACUCAACAGAACAGGUCUUCAGACUUCAGAGAGCUGAGUAUGUACUGUUUUUAUAUCAUCUAG